AUGAUAUACAUGUCACGUAAGGAUGGACUCCGUAGUAUACUCCGUACUAAUUUCUUCAACCCACACCCCCUGCGGUACUGUACUCCGUACUAUCAAAAACAGCAAAAGAUAAUUAAGAAGCAAGCCUCGUUUAAUUUCAUUCAUAAUAAUUGCUUGUUCGCUUGA